UGAGAGCCUGGGGCUUUGUGGGAUGCAUAGGAGUUCAGUUGUGAUUUAGGGAGGGAAAGGCGGCUUUGGAAGCUGAACAUCCGCUUGUGCAAACGACUUUGGCUUUUCAGUAAAUGUAAGGCGUGAGUAGUUGCGGGGGGGCAGAUCUCUGGGCCAGGUGGAGGUGGGUUGCAGUGGAAUUCCAGUUUGAGUGGCAGCUGAGAAGUUGUGUGGGUGAGAGAGUGGGGAGACUGAGGCACUAGGAAGACUAGGGGUAGGCUCAAGGCCACACGGCAGUCGAACCCAGGCAUCCUGCCUCCCAGUUCCGGGCUCUCUCCAGCUCAGACAUCAUUAGCAAUGUCGCCUGGUACGACCCAGGCUCUGGGUCUCGGCUCUCGGCGACCCUAGCGCAAGAAGGACUACAUUUCCCAGUCUGCCGCGAGGGGCGCGCCUGCGCCCUGCGGCCAGUGAUGGAGCGCUGACUGGGGGCGCGGCGGCGGCGGCGAGGGCUCGGCGGGCCAUUGGCUACCGGCAGCGGCAAAGGCAGCUUGGGGACUAGAAGAGCGAGUGAGACCCGCGGCCCUGGCCGGGGACGACCUGGGCUGCAGCCAUGGAGGACCAGAGGGAGGCUCUGCGGAAGAUCAUCACGACACUGGCUGUGAAAAACGAAGAGAUUCAGAGUUUCAUCUACUCCCUCAAGCAGAUGCUGUUGAACGUGGAGGCGAACUCGGCCAAGGUGCAGGAAGACCUGGAAGCCGAGUUCCAGUCCCUCUUCUCCCUCCUGGAGGAGCUGAAGGAGGGCAUGCUCAUGAAAAUAAAGCAAGACCGUGCCAGCCGCGCCUACGAGCUGCAGAACCAGCUGGCUGCCUGCACGCGAGCUCUGGAGAGCUCUGAGGAGCUUCUGGAGACGGCCAACCAGACCCUGCAGGCCACGGACCGUGGGGACUUUCCUCAGGCUGCCAAGCAAAUCAAAGAUGGUGUGACGAUGGCCCCCGCCUUCCGGCUGUCAUUGAAAGCCAAGGUCAGCGACAACAUGAGUCACCUCAUGGUGGACUUUGCACAGGAGCGGAGGAUGCUACAGGCACUCACGUUCCUGCCUGUGCCUAGUGCCCCUGUGAUCGACCUGGCCGAGUCCCUGGUGGCCGACAACUGUGUAACCUUGGUGUGGCGCAUGCCGGACGAGGACAACAAGAUUGACCACUAUGUGCUGGAGUAUCGGCGGACCAACUUUGAGGGCCCGCCCCGCCUCAAGGAGGACCAGCCCUGGAUGGUCAUCGAGGGCAUCCAGCAGACAGAAUAUACCCUGACCGGUCUCAAGUUUGACAUGAAAUACAUGAAUUUCCGUGUGAAGGCCUGUAAUAAGGCAGUUUCAGGCGAGUUCUCUGAGCCAGUGACCCUGGAGACACCAGCGUUCAUGUUCCGCCUGGAUGCGUCCACAUCCCACCAGAACCUGCGGGUGGAUGAUCUCUCCGUGGAGUGGGACGCCAUGGGCGGGAAGGUGCAGGAUAUCAAAGCUCGCGAGAAAGAUGGCAAGGGGCGGACGGCGUCUCCCGUCAACUCCCCAGCCAGAGGUACUCCAUCUCCCAAGAGGAUGCCCUCGGGUCGUGGGGGACGGGAUCGCUUCACAGCUGAGUCCUACACAGUGCUGGGGGACACGCUGAUUGAUGGCGGGGAGCAUUACUGGGAGGUGCGCUACGAGCCGGACAGCAAGGCUUUUGGCUUGGGGGUGGCCUACCGCAGCCUGGGCCGCUUCGAGCAGCUGGGCAAGACAGCCGCGUCCUGGUGCGUGUACGUCAACAACUGGCUGCAGGUCAGCUUCACUGCCAAGCACGCCAACAAGGCCAAGGUGCUGGACACCCCCGUGCCCGACUGCCUGGGCGUGCACUGCGACUUCCAUCAAGGUGACCCCGGGCCCCCGCUGACCUCUCCGGCCACCCCUGUCCGCCGUCUCUCUGCCCAAACCCCUCUUACCGGUCCCCCUGUUCCUCUUGCCCUCCACCCCAGGCCUCCUGUCCUUCUACAACGCCCGCACCAAACAGCUGCUGCACACCUUCAAGGCCAAGUUCACACAGCCACUGCUGCCGGCUUUCACGGUGUGGUGUGGCAGCUUCCACGUGACGGCAGGCCUACAGGUCCCCAGCUCUGUGCGCUGCCUGCAGAAGCGGGGCAGUGCUACCAGCAGCUCCAACACCAGCCUCACCUAGGCCUCGGGACGGCCCCUCAGCCGGGCUGAUUUCGGGGCGGGGGGGGCGCCUCCAGGCCUUGGCUGUUUCAGCUGGGCACCCUCCUCUCACUUGCUGCUUGGAGCCUUAACCCCUGAUGGGGUCACCAGUGGGGAGCGGGCACGGGGGCGGGCCCUCCUCCCCACCUCACCUCCUAAUAAAGGUCAAAC